AUGAAACCAGAUCCUCAAAAAGCCUCCAUAAAGCCAGAUAUACACGCUGGGCGUUAUAUAGGUGAAGAAGACUUGAGCGAUGACGACGACUUUGAGCCAGUGCUCGAGUCCGGGAGCAGGACGCAGGACGGGACGCCUUACCGAGAGUAUACCCUGCGCGUGCUGCCCUGGGUAGACUGGGAUAAGCUGUUCACGGAUACGCAGUCUGAACCCAGCGACAGUCUAGAGCUCUCGGACUCUUCACAAUCUGGAGAUGAAGACGAGCUCGGCAACGAUAGCGGCGAAACGGCCGCUAGGAAUACAAAGGAAGCAGCGGAAGCAGAGUUUGUACGUCGUGAGUAUAUUCUCGCGCGCUUUCCAAACACGGACGGUUGCACAACCGACAAGCGCGAACAAACAACCGGUCUUCGCUUUGACCCGAGCACAAAGCUCCCAGUACCGAAACGCGGAGCAGUGCCGCGCUAUCAGCCCGGUGGCUUUGCGCGACUUUGCCGCGAGGGCGAGGAGACCUUGCGUGAACGACUAGAGGCGUUGGAAGAGGCUCAGCGCGUGGAUGCACAGCUCAAGGUUGGCAAAGCGCCCUGGUACAAACAACGGCGGGAUCUGGAGGGUAUCGCUCGAAUUCCGGAGCGUUAUCGGAAACGACUCAUCUUGGAGGUCGAGGAAACCUCUGAGCCUGCUCAGGGUGCCUCCGCGUCGGAGCCGAGCGCUGCCCACAUGAGUGACGCGAAGAACGCUGGACGCCCCGAGGCGACUCGUACAGUUCGCGAUGAUCCCAAGGCGCCCAGUACAAAAAGACGGAAGGUCUUCUAUGGUACCAUGGAUAGUGCGCUUGGGUCUGAUUACUGUCUGAUGAUUGUUCGAGAUGAUCGUACCAUCGAUCUGGUGCCUGUUGGACGCUACGCUUGGCAUAAUUUCAAGUUUGCGCCUAAGUUAUCCGAUAUGGCGAAUGAGCGCAUGCAUCGACGUGACGCUCGGCAGGCAGUGGACGCAACACGUCCAUCAGAGAUGACCGUGGAUCGCAGGGGAUCGUCGCCUGUAAUUGCGGAUACGGGGGAGCAGGCAAUCACCGUGAGUACUGAGGAUGAUCCGCUCGUCCACGUGGAACAGAAACUGAGAGCGCGCGCAGCCUUGGCGGAUACCAUUCUGGAACGCCGUCGGCAUCUCGUGAAUAGUUCGUCGCACGCGGCUAGUCUCUGGUCUGGCACCCAGUGGCAGCGCCCGUUCGUGCGUCGGACCGAUGAGGGUGUGCAUCCUCCACAUGAUUCGGAACCCGCUGUCAGUCAAGGGCAGUUAGACCCAUCUCUGCUGCUGUCGCGAAGAGAGAUUGAUUCGAGUGAUGAAUCAAACGCUGAGGAUCGUUCUGGAGAAGAUGACGUUGAUGUCGUACGCGAAAACGGUCGACACACACCUGAGCGCUAUCCAAAUGCAUCCGCUGAUGAUGCGUCGGUACUCGCGGCAGCGUUUCGGUAUCGGGGGGGCCAGACGCCGUCGUGCUCGCACUCGAAUGCAUCCGGUAGUGGCACCGAGUCGCAAAGUUCGCUUGAGCGUCUCGAGCGCUAUCAGGCUGAGGAUCCUCUGCGGCAGGGCAGCUUCUCUGACGCUGGCGACGAUACGGACAUGCAGUGGAGGCAUCGCUCGGGUCUGUCUGAAAACGGCCGGAUGCUGAAACGCCUGCUCGAGAGGGAGAAAACUGCGCAGCCGCCAGCUGGAGUCGGAUUCCGCUCAGAGAUACCGCUAACGCGACCGUCUUCGCAGGCACCGUCAGAUGCCGGAGCUACGGGCACCAGCGGAUACGAUUCUGCGCCCCGCUUCCAGGAACACGAGUCUAUCGCGGGAUCGGCUGGAGCCAAGUAUCCCGGGAAGCCAGUCUCUGCAGGUGAACAGCACGCUGUGCCUUCGCAUUUACUGCCGGCGCCGGAUGGAGUUAUCGAAGAAAUGCAUAUCAAAGCCGUGUUGCGGUAUCUCGCGAGGCAAGGUUCCUACGUUACUGUGAAGGAGCUCCUUUCUUAUUUUCAACCAUGGUUUCCAGCGCAAAAGGAGCGUGUUGCUGCUCUGGUUCGAAAAAUGUGCACCGCACGCGAGAUCCCACCUGGAUCAGGUCGCAUCUGUGUGUUGCUCAAGGAGCAGGUGCUGCAGCAUGCCCCGGCGUCAUGA